AACGAAUUCCAAUUUGUCCCCUUUUUCCCUUUUCCAAGCAAAGACAAAAUCGAAAUCCAUGGCCAACGGUCCCAAGGUCUGAUUGAUCACAUAACCCUCCCAGCAGGCCAACCAGCAUGGCCGAAAUUCCAUUACGAUUAGCGCUACGACGCAGCGCCCCAAUUGCCCACAAAAUGGACCACGCAUUGUGGCGCCCGCAGAGUUCGGCACCCAUUGCACAUACGCGGCCCUACGUGGCCCCCCGCCGUUCCGCGGGCUCAUGGCUGGCUCGUGUCCUCGGGAGUCGGCCCAUCGCAGGCGGCGGGGGAGGGAUUGUUCAGUUGAGGCUGAGCCGGCACCACCCUCCCAGGGGUCCCUGAAACCUUCCAGAGUCGGCCCAAAGCACCAACGGACUGCAGAU